GAAGGCGUCUACCUCUUCCUCCGUCACGCACUUCCCACCUUCAUCGUUUUUGCUAUUUUCGUCCACGCCUUCCUCUUUUCCCCUCUCUCACGCACAGUAUUCCCGACCUUAAGGCGGCUGCCUCUUCUUCUUGCUCUUUUUUCUUACUUUCCACGGCAUCUUGCCCUCCAGAGACCCCGCCCCUCUCCCUGUCGAAUUACGUUGAUCGAUUGCCGGUGUAAAGGCUCUUUGAUUCGGGGUGUGUAUUUGUGCAUCGGAAUUCAGAUCGCUGCUCGGGAGAUCACCACAGACGCCUCUGCACACGUACACGCACACACGUCGCCGUAAACAGCAAACGCUGUCUGCGUUUUAAUAUACACAUAAGAAACCAAAGGAAUAAAAGAAACGAUGCGUGCGAGCAGGCUGUGUUUGGCCGGCCUCCGCCGUCUGCCCUUGUCAGUAGCAGCCGUCGCCACCGCCGGCACGCUGUCGUCGGCAGCUGCGACGGCUCUGCCACUGUGGAGUCAGGCCCGCUUUGCUAGCAGCAGCAAGAACCCUUACACGGUGCUCGGCAUCAAACAGGGUGCUGACAAGCAGGCGAUCAAGAAGGCCUACCGCGUUCUCGCCCGCAAGCACCACCCUGACGCACCGGGCGGCAGUGAUGAGAAGUUUCGUGAGAUUCAAGAGGCCUACGAGCAAAUCAAGAGCGGGGUGUGGAUCCGCAAGGAGCAGGAGAGCAGCGCCGGCAGCGGCGACGGCGGCAGCGGCAACGCGAACCGCUACAGCGGCUUCCGCUACACCACCCGGACCCAUCACAAGAGCAAGGUCAGCUACGAUCAGUUCUACGAGGAGCUGCACACAGGGAAGGUGAAGCGGGAUCCGUUUGCAGACGAUGACGAAGCCGAGGAGCCGGCCGCGAAGGACGCGCGCCGAAACCCGUUCGCCCUGAACGAGAUCGCAUUUCAGGCGUGGCUGCGGUUUAUCAUUGCGUGGUGCCUCCUCUUCUCUAGUCUCCGUCUCGGGCUGUUCAUGAUCUUCCCGCCCAGGUGGGAGAAGCCGCAGCGCAAGCCGCCGCCGCGGGAGUUGCGCGGGCAGAGGCGGCCGGCCCCGAAGCCGAUUCGCGCCUCCGAGGACGCUAUUGUGGCGUGA